AUGAAGGACACCUCACCUCCCAUUCUUCCUCUUGAAGUGGUCCGAAAUGGCACACCCUCUCGGAAGGAUCAACUCUCCGAAGAAGAAGAAGUAAAUCUUCAACUUUAUGGAUGCCAAUUAAUUCAGGAUGCUGGAAUUUUAUUGGAAUUACCACAGACCACUAUUGCUCAUGGACAGAUUAUUUUUCAUCGGUUUUAUAUGAAGAAAUCUAUGAAAGAAUUUUGUGUGAGACAUGUAGCGAUGGCUAGCCUUUUUAUUAGUUGUAAAAUUCAAGAGACUCAUCGCUCCCUGUUUCAUUAUCUCCAAGUUUUUGUUGAUUUGAUAUAUCCCGAACUUUAUUAUAUAUCUCCGGAUGUUGUGGAUUUGUUAAAAUCACACUUGAUCAGAACUGAAAGAUAUAUUUUAGUUGAAUUAGGAUUUACAUUCUAUAAUAUUGAACUUCCUCAUCAGUACAUUUUGUUUGUCAUGCACAUUUUGGAAGGUCACGAAGAUUUAACUCAAACGGCUUGGAAUUAUUGCAAUGACGCCUUGAGAUCAUCUGUUUUGAGUCUUUCCACUAAACCCCAAGUAAUUGCAUGUGGAGCUGUUUUCAUGAGUGCCAAAGAUCACACACGAGCACUCCCCGAAAACCCACCUUGGUGGCAAUUAUUUAACACCACUCGGGAAGAUUUGGAAUUUGUUGAAAAACAUUUAAAAGAAAUGUAUUCGAGACCAAAAGCUGUCUACAAGGAUGUAUUGAGAGAAACUUCCCCCUCUCGUGUUGGACUUUCGGAUAUUGAGAAUCACAUUAAUAGCAACAAAAAACUGAAAAGUACAGAAGAAGCAAGAGAGUCAAAAAGAAGAGCCUAUGAAGAUCAAGGAAAUCGUAAUUAUUACAAUGCUGGAUCAAGCAGUGGAUACAGCAGUAGCAGCAGUAGUAGCUAUUCUGUGCAAAGAGCAACCACCACAAGUUCUCGAGGAGGAGGACAUUACUACUACCAAAAAGAUGUCAGUGAUCAUAAGCGAAGAUAA